AUGCGAAUAGCAUUUACAAAGCUCCUUCUCAGUCCUGCCUCUAUCAAGACAUCACUCAUACAGGUCUCCUACAAGGCAGCUUUGACGGAACGGAUAUCGUCAUGGGAUCCCAAGGAUCCCACCAAACGAGGGAUACCAACUGAACAAUUAGUUAAUCUUUACGACAGAUGGGGUCAUGGGAAAUUUGGCAUGAUUCUCACUGGUAAUGUUGGCGUGGAUCUGUACAAUCUUGAGUCAGCUGGAAACGCCGUGUUUUGCAAGGAGAACGACUGUCCGGAGUUGAGAGAAAUGGCUUCGAAGCUUGCAAAAGCAGCUAAACAAGACGGAGCUCUAGCUGUUGUUCAAGUGUCGAAUGCAGGUCGACAGACACCGGAACCAGUGAACCCACACCCAUUCUCUUGUUCUGAUAUUCAACUGAAACAGAAGAGGCGAUUCAUGGGAUUCGGCAAACCGAUCGCACUCACUGAAGCACAAAUCAAAACUGAAGUCGUUGAUCGAUUCGUAUAUACGGCGAAAUUCGCUCAUGAUCAAGGGUUCGAUGGCGUCCAGAUUCAUGGUGCUCACGGCUAUCUGUUGUCAUCCUUUUUGUCACCAUCAACGAAUAAUCGCACAGAUAAAUAUGGCGGUUCCGUAGAAAAUAGGAUGCGAGUGAUCCUAGAGAUUCUCGAAGGAAUCAAAAAAGCGGUUGCGGCAGACUUUCUAGUUGGCAUUAAAAUGAAUUCAGUGGAGUUCCAAGAUCGAGGCUUGGGGAUGGAAGAUGCCAAGUUGAUUUGUGCAAUGUUAGAGAAGAAUGGCUUCGAUUUUGUGGAGUUAUCUGGUGGAACGAUAGAACGACCGGCGUUUCAACAUAUGCGUGAUUCAACUAGAAAACGUGAAGCCUUUUUCCUGGAGUUCGCUGAAAAGCUCCGUCCAGUUUUCAAGGAAACAGUUGUCUACUUGACAGGUGGCUUCAGGACGGCACCAGCGAUGGUCAGUGCUGUCCUUGAUGGAACAACCGAUGGUAUAGGACUAGGAAGACCAAUUACUGCAGAGCCUGAUUUACCGGCUAAAAUUCUUCGCGGUGAAUGUUUAUCAGCUCCUGAUGCAAAAGUCAACCAAGACGACUACAUGAUCACUUCAACAGCUAGUAACAUGCAAAUGGGACAAAUGAGUAAACAACCUUCCAAGGAUUUGAAAACUAUAUGUGAUGGAAUUGCUGAUCUCAGUCAUCCGGAGGAAGCGGAAAACUUCAAGAAAGCAUCAGCCGUAUACUUCGAUCAUAUGAAAGAGAUCGCCGAACGAAAUGAAGCUAUACACGGCGUUAUGGAGUACAACAAUAUCGUUUCAUAG